AUGAUUUCAUCAGCAAGUACAGUCACAGAAGAGACAACUAUGACUACAGCAGCGACUGCGGUCACAGAAGAGACAACUAUGACUACAGCAGCAACUGCGGUCACAAACGAGACAACUUUCACUACGUCAGCGACUACGGUCACAGAAGAGAAAACUAUAACUACACCAGCGACCGCAGUCACAGAAGAGACAACCAUGACUCCAUCAGCGGCUACGGUCACAGAAGAGACAAACAUGACUUCAUCAGCGACUGCGGUCACAGAAGAGACAACUAUGACUACAGCAGCGACUGCGGUCACAGAAGAGCCAACUAUGACUACAGCAGCGACUGCGGUCACAGAAGAGACAACUAUGACUGCAUCAGCGACAACGGUCGCUGAAGAGACAACUGUGACUACAUCAGCGAGUACAGUCACAGAAGAGCCAACUAUGACUACAUCAGCGACUACAGUCACAGAAGAGCCAACUAUGUCUACAGCAGUGACUACGGUCACAGAAGAGACAACUAUGACUACAUCAGCAAGUACAGUCACAGAAGAGCCAACUAUGACUUCAUCAGCGAGUACAGUCACAGAAGAGACAACUAUGACUACAGCAGCAACUGCGGUCACAGAAGAGACAACUAUAACUACAGCAUCGACUAUGGUCACAGAGGAGACAACUAUGAUUACAGCAGGCACUACGGUCACAGAAGAGACAACUAUGACUGCAGCAGUGACUGCGGUCACAGAAAAGACAACUAUGACUACAGCAGCGACUGCGGUCACAGACGAGACAACUAUAACUACAGCAGCGACUGCGGUCACAGAAGAGCCAACUAUGACUACAGCAGCGACUGCUGUCACAGAAGAGACAACUUUCACUACGUCAGUGACUACGGUCACAGAAGAGCCAACUAUGACUACAGCAGCGACUACAGUCACAGAAGAGACAACUAUGACUACAGCAGCGACUACGGUCACAGAAGAGACAACUAUGACUACAGCAGCGACUGCGGUCACAGACGAGACAACUAUAACUACAGCAGCAACUGCGGUCACAGAAGAAACAACUAUGACUACAUCAGCGAGUACAGUCACAGAAGAGACAACUACUGCGGUCACAGAAGAGACAACUAUAACUACAGCAGCGACUACGGUCACAGAACAGACAACUAUGACUACAGCAGCGACUGCGGUCACAGAAGAGACAACUAUAACUACAGCAGCGACUACAGUCACAGAAGAUCCAACUAUGACUACAUCAGCGACUACGGUCACAGAAGAGCCAACUAUGACUUCAUCAGCGAGUACAGUCACAGAAGGGCCAACUAUGACUACAGCAGCGACUGCGGUCACAGAAGAGACAACUAUAACUACAGCAGCGACUACAGUCACAGAAGAGACAACUAUGACUUCAUCAGCGAGUACAGUCACAGAAGAGCCAACUAUGACUACAGCAGCAACUACGGUCACAGAAGAGCCAACUAUGACUACAGCAGCGACUACGGUCACAGAAGAGACAACUAUGACUACAGCAGCGACUACGGUCACAGAAGAGACAACUAUGACUACAGCACCGACUACGGUCACAGAAGAGCCAACUAUGACUACAGCAGCGACUACAGUCACAGAAGAGCCAACUAUGACUACAUCAGCGACUACAGUCACAGAAGAGACAACUAUGACUACAUCAGCGAGUACAGUCACAGAAGAGCCAACUGUGACUACAUCAGCGAGUACUGUCACAGAAGAGCCAACUAUGACUACAGCAGCGACUACAGUCACAGAAGAGCCAACUAUGACUACAGCAGCGACUACAGUCACAGAAGAGCCAACUAUGACUACAGCAGCGACUGCGGUCACAGAAGAGACAACUAUGACUACAGCAGCGACUGUGGUCACAGAAGAGACAACUAUGACUACAUCAGCGACUACAGUCACAAAAGCGACAACUGUGACUACAACAAAGACUACGGUCAAACAAAAGGCAACCAAGUCUGUUGAUGAAGAUAAGGAUCCUGGUCAGACUGAGGAUGAUGUCGGUUCUUCCUUAUUUGAUAUGAUUGGACUUGCCUUGAUGGCAGCUUUAAGUGCGAUCGCAAGUGCCUUUUCUGCGAUUGGAAGUGCGUUUACAAGUGUUUUUAUCCCGCUCAUAGAUCCGAAUAAAGGAAAGGCAACCAUGACUACAGCAGCGACUGCUGUCAAAGAAGAGACAACCGUGACUACAGCAGCGACUGCUGUUAAAGAAGAGACAACUAUGACUACAGCAGCGACUGCUGUCAAAGAAGAGACAACUAUGACUACAGCAGCGACUGCGGUCACAGAAGAGACAACUAUGACUACAGCAGCGACUACGGUCACAGAAGACACAACUAUGACUACAGCAGCGACUACGGUCACAGAAGAGACAACUAUGACUGCAUCAGUAGCUGCGGUCACAGAAGAGACAACUAUGACUACAGCAGCGACUGCGGUCACAGAAGAGACAACUAUGAGUACAGCAGCGACUGCAGUCACAGAAGAGACAACUAUGAUUACAGCAGCGACUGCGGUCACAGAAGAGACAACUGCAUCAGCAGCUGCGGUCACAGAAGAGACAACUAUGACUACAGCAGCGACUGUGUUCACAGAAGAGACAACUAUGACUGCAUCAGCAACUGCGGUCUCAGAAGAGACAACUAUGAUAGCGGUCACAGUAGAUGAAGACAUGACUACAGAAGUGGCAGACAUGACUACAGCCUCGGCUCCACUCACAGAAUUUCAAUUUCAAUAUCAAAUUUAUUUGUAUAACGCUUUUUACAAUACAUAUCGUUUCAAUGCAGCUUUACAGAAAAUGCAUGCAGAAGAGGCAGCUGUGACUAUGGCAGAUACAGCAGAAGUAUUCCUGAGCCCAUGUUGUGAUUUCCAUUACAGUAGCAUUCCUGUAUGUGAUGCAGUGCCGUCUAAGGGCCCGAAGAUCACGGGCAUCCAGUAUGGUUUUCCCGCCUUGACUGCAGCAGUGACUGCGGUCACAGAAAAGACAACUAUGACUACAGCAGCGACUGCAGUCACAGACGAGACAACUAUAACUACAGCAGCGACUGCGGUCACAGAAGAGCCAACUAUGACUACAGCAGCGACUGCUGUCACAGAAGAGACAACUUUCACUACGUCAGUGACUACGGUCACAGAAGAGCCAACUAUGACUACAGCAGCGACUACAGUCACAGAAGAGACAACUAUGACUACAGCAGCGACUACGGUCACAGAAGAGACAACUAUGACUACAGCAGCGACUGCGGUCACAGACGAGACAACUAUAACUACAGCAGCAACUGCGGUCACAGAAGAAACAACUAUGACUACAUCAGCGAGUACAGUCACAGAAGAGACAACUAUGACUACAGCAGCGACUGCGGUCACAGAAGAGACAACUAUAACUACAGCAGCGACUACGGUCACAGAACAGACAACUAUGACUACAGCAGCGACUGCGGUCACAGAAGAGACAACUAUAACUACAGCAGCGACUACAGUCACAGAAGAUCCAACUAUGACUACAUCAGCGACUACGGUCACAGAAGAGCCAACUAUGACUUCAUCAGCGAGUACAGUCACAGAAGAGCCAACUAUGACUACAGCAGCGACUGCGGUCACAGAAGAGACAACUAUAACUACAGCAGCGACUACAGUCACAGAAGAGCCAACUGUGACUACAUCAGCGACUACAGUCACAGAAGAGCCAACUAUGACUUCAUCAGCGAGUACAGUCACAGAAGAGCCAACUAUGACUACAGCAGCAACUACGGUCACAGAAGAGCCAACUAUGACUACAGCAGCGACUACGGUCACAGAAGAGACAACUAUGACUACAGCAGCGACUACGGUCACAGAAGAGACAACUAUGACUACAGCAGCGACUACGGUCACAAAAGAGACAACUAUGACUACAGCAGCGACUACGGUCACAGAAGAGACAACUAUGACUACAGCAGCGACUACAGUCACAGAAGAGCCAACUAUGACUACAUCAGCGACUACAGUCACAGAAGAGACAACUAUGACUACAUCAGCGAGUACAGUCACAGAAGAGCCAACUGUGACUACAUCAGCGAGUACAGUCACAGAAGAGACAACUAUGACUACAUCAGCGACUACAGUCACAGAAGAGCCAACUAUGACUACAGCAGCGACUACAGUCACAGAAGAGCCAACUAUGACUUCAUCAGCGAGUACAGUCACAGAAGGGCCAACUAUGACUACAGCAGCGACUGCGGUCACAGAAGAGACAACUAUAACUACAGCAGCGACUACAGUCACAGAAGAGACAACUAUGACUUCAUCAGCGAGUACAGUCACAGAAGAGCCAACUAUGACUACAGCAGCAACUACGGUCACAGAAGAGCCAACUAUGACUACAGCAGCGACUACGGUCACAGAAGAGACAACUAUGACUACAGCAGCGACUACGGUCACAGAAGAGACAACUAUGACUACAGCACCGACUACGGUCACAGAAGAGCCAACUAUGACUACAGCAGCGACUACAGUCACAGAAGAGCCAACUAUGACUACAUCAGCGACUACAGUCACAGAAGAGACAACUAUGACUACAUCAGCGAGUACAGUCACAGAAGAGCCAACUGUGACUACAUCAGCGAGUACUGUCACAGAAGAGCCAACUAUGACUACAGCAGCGACUACAGUCACAGAAGAGCCAACUAUGACUACAGCAGCGACUACAGUCACAGAAGAGCCAACUAUGACUACAGCAGCGACUGCGGUCACAGAAGAGACAACUAUGACUACAGCAGCGACUGUGGUCACAGAAGAGACAACUAUGACUACAUCAGCGACUACAGUCACAAAAGCGACAACUGUGACUACAACAAAGACUACGGUCAAACAAAAGGCAACCAAGUCUGUUGAUGAAGAUAAGGAUCCUGGUCAGACUGAGGAUGAUGUCGGUUCUUCCUUAUUUGAUAUGAUUGGACUUGCCUUGAUGGCAGCUUUAAGUGCGAUCGCAAGUGCCUUUUCUGCGAUUGGAAGUGCGUUUACAAGUGUUUUUAUCCCGCUCAUAGAUCCGAAUAAAGGAAAGGCAACCAUGACUACAGCAGCGACUGCUGUCAAAGAAGAGACAACCGUGACUACAGCAGCGACUGCUGUUAAAGAAGAGACAACUAUGACUACAGCAGCGACUGCUGUCAAAGAAGAGACAACUAUGACUACAGCAGCGACUGCGGUCACAGAAGAGACAACUAUGACUACAGCAGCGACUACGGUCACAGAAGACACAACUAUGACUACAGCAGCGACUACGGUCACAGAAGAGACAACUAUGACUGCAUCAGUAGCUGCGGUCACAGAAGAGACAACUAUGACUACAGCAGCGACUGCGGUCACAGAAGAGACAACUAUGAGUACAGCAGCGACUGCAGUCACAGAAGAGACAACUAUGAUUACAGCAGCGACUGCGGUCACAGAAGAGACAACUGCAUCAGCAGCUGCGGUCACAGAAGAGACAACUAUGACUACAGCAGCGACUGUGUUCACAGAAGAGACAACUAUGACUGCAUCAGCAACUGCGGUCUCAGAAGAGACAACUAUGAUAGCGGUCACAGUAGAUGAAGACAUGACUACAGAAGUGGCAGACAUGACUACAGCCUCGGCUCCACUCACAGAAUUUCAAUUUCAAUAUCAAAUUUAUUUGUAUAACGCUUUUUACAAUACAUAUCGUUUCAAUGCAGCUUUACAGAAAAUGCAUGCAGAAGAGGCAGCUGUGACUAUGGCAGAUACAGCAUAAAUGCAUUUAAAUUAUACUUGUGAACGUAACCAUAAAACUACACAUUAAAAAUUUUGAAAACUUUGUAGAAUAAAAUGCACCCAAAAGAUUUUUUUCUUCUGUAUUCUUCUAUAAAACUUUCUUUGUGGUUGCAGAGGGAUAGGCAGGGAUAAGCCCUAGGCUUAUUAAAUCCUUAUUAAAUCUAGCUAUUAAUAUAAGGAAGAACAAACAGAAACAAAAUUCAAGCAGCAUUAGCAACAGUUAAAUUAUCACUCUCCGGCCCCACUUUUGUACUUAUCAAAAAUAAAUCUCUCAUACUUUUUUUUUUUUAAUUGCAAGAUAUUUACACUUUAUUUGAUUGAAUUGUUCAGACUGUUCCACAAAAUCACCCCACAAAUCGAAAUACACAUACUUUUGAGUUUUGUCUGAGCAUUCUGUUGUCUAAAAUUUAAAGCCCUACAAAAACACAAAGUGUUGACUGGCCUUGGAGAAUGUUACAUUUUGCCUAUGAGAAAGGAUUUACCAUCAUUUGGCAGUAUUCCACAAUUAGAGAGAAAGCAAAAGAUGUAGAACUUAAUUAUGGGGAAACAGGAGGGGUGAAUCUUACCAAAGAUUGAAAUCCCUUGGGUAUUGUGAAAUAACAGAUAAGAAAACUAUAAGAAUUGUGCCCUGGCCAGAGACAAACUCAGAUGUCCUACAGGCAUCUUGGCUUUGUUGAUUUGCUCAAUAAAGUCUAAUUUUGACAUCUGGAACUCUGACUUCUAAGCUUCAUUUCCAGAUAGAGAACACUUUUCUUCACGACAGGUUUUGUGAUUUUACACUGUAAAAACAAAUUUGUUCAGUUUACUUAAUUGUCAAACUCGUUGCCUUAAUUCAAUUAAGUAAGCUAAAACCAUUUAAGUUUUGUCAAAUUAAUUAUAUCUGUGAUCUGAGGAAGUGUACUCCCAGAGUGCAUUGAAGCAGGAAUAAAGAAAUUGCUUUGUUUUACUAUUUGUGGCUUUAUUUUACAAUUUUAUGUUGUGUCAGUAUCACCCAAUGAUGACAACAAAUAAAAUUGUGAUGCUCUUAUUACAAACCCGAUUCCAAAAAAGUUGGGACACUGUACAAAUUGUGAAU